AUGGCUUCCAGCUAUGCCGAUGUCUUCAGCGUUCCCCUGAUCCCGUUCCAGCGGCUUCGUGAAUGUUGCGUGGGUCGCGCCAAGCCUACGGUCGAGAAGGUGGCAUGCCAGUUCUGCCGGCGCCGCUUUAAAACAGAGAAGGACCUGCAGUCCCAUCUCCGCAGCAAGCACGCGCAGGAGCUGCUCGCCACGUCAGCGCCGGGCAUUUUAUCCAGGCUGCAGGUGGUGGUGGAGGACGACUGGAUGGCUGUUGUGGUGAAGCCACAGGGUAUCGCGACCUUCGGAACAGGCAGCUUCGACAAGUCCUUCCUGUUGGACCAGCUGCAGCCGAGCGCCGCGAGCGACGCUUUGACCAAGGCGCGGCCGGCGCAUCGCCUGGACUUAGGCACCGGGGGGCUGCUGGUGCUGGCGAAGCGCCACUCGGUGCUGCAACGCUUGGGGGACGCCUUUGCGGAGGGCCAGGUGCGGAAGACGUACCGCGCCUUGGUGUGGGGCGACUUCCCGCUGGGCUCCCGAGGCGAGAGCGAGGAGCCUUUGUAUGGAAAGCCGUGCUUGACCCGCUUCGAGGCGGUGGAAGAGCCCGUGGAGACUCCGGAAGGCAUGGUUAGUACCUUGGACCUUUGGCCCCAGACCGGGCGCCGGCACCAGCUGCGGCGGCACCUCAGCGCCCUGGGUUGCCCCAUCCUAGGUGACCGCCGCUACGGCCGAAGACUGGCGGAUGCUGCGGAGACCCAGGCGCCGGAAACGCCGGGCGAGGAAGAUGAAGAAUUGCCGGAGGGCGCCAUGCCGCUCUUCCUUUGGGCGCUGCAGAUUUCGCUGCCGCAUCCCUCGGGCGACGAGGAGCGACGGGUGCAGGCGCAGGUGGCAGAGCCGCAGCUGCCGCGUGCCCACAAGCUGGGGCCAAUGGUUCGCAGACUUUCGCGCGGCCAAGCGCUGGGUGCCGCGCGAGCGCGCAACGGGUGA